UAAUCCAUCCUGGAUCAAUAAAAUAUUGGCUGAAUUUGUACUACUUGCAAGAGCAACUGCAACGAUGAGGGCAACAAUAUAUAUUUGGAUGCUCGGGCUAAGCCUACUGGCAGUGGAUGCACAGCAUGACCGAACGAUAGGUAUUGAAUCUCAAGUUCAACUACUACUGGGACAACUCGCGCUAAGCAAGAACCGAUGCCCGAUUCUAUCGCCUCGGCGCAGAAGGUGCUUGGCGACACCGCUGACUGUAUGUUCUACACGACUACCCAGACCACACAGAUACAGAUGGACUGAGAACCGUUUAGCCUGCUACGCCUGCUCGUCGCCUUGCUCUCGCGCUGUCUGCUGUCAUGGAGAAUUCCCCCAGUGUUGCUCAGAUGGCGUCUAUUGCUAUUGCUGCCAAGACUGAUUGUUUCUGGUGUCUUGUUCGAAGGAGUCAACCAGGGCAAAUAUUCAUGUAAACUUAAUCGCUAGGCUUUAGCUAGAUUGGCACAUCGAGACGAUGUCGUCUGGGAUGUA